AUGGGUAGCAGAAACUCUCUUGGCCAAGCAAGAAUUAUUAGAGUUAAUGAAGACAAUAACUGGAAUCGAGGACAUUACCAGCGAAUAGGUCGAAAUAAUACUCAAAAUACGAGCAUUAAUGUAAUUAGAAGCUCAUCAACUCAUAAUGCAUUUUCUUAUCAAUUCCGGGACAAUUUUUCAAGCUUAAGAACUCAGCCGAGUUAUGAAUAG